CAUGGCAGCAAGCAGUCUCCGCAGCAAAGUACUCUUCGUCCUUGGUGGCCCUGGGUCUGGAAAGGGCACGCAAUGCUCGAAGAUCGUGGCCAAGUUUGGCUUUGUUCACCUCUCGGCGGGUGAUCUGUUGCGCGAGGAACGUGCUUCUGGCAGCCCCAAUGGCGAAAUGAUCGACCGUAUGAUUCGUGACGGUGCCAUCGUGCCCGUCAAGGUCACGUUGGAUUUGAUCCGCAAAGCCAUGGUUGAAAGUGGCCGUGACCUCUUCCUCAUCGACGGGUUUCCGCGCAACUUUGACAACCUCGAAGGAUGGGAAGCCGAGAUGACGGACGUCGAUGUGGCCGGUGUUCUUUUCUACGAUUGCCCCGAAGAAGAAAUGGAGAAACGUUUGCUCGAGCGCGGCAAGACAAGUGGCCGCACGGACGACAACAUUGACGCCAUCCGCAAGCGCUUCACGACGUACCUCGAGUCGACGAUGCCCAUCAUUGAGCAUUUCGCGUUGAAGAAUCAAGUGUUCCGCAUUUCGUCGAUCCCGUCCCCCGAUGAAGUGUUUGCCGAGACGUCCAAAGUGAUCGAACCGAUCGUAAAGCAGCACCUCGUAGACAUUACAAAGGUAUAGCAUGUAAUACAGACAACCGAUUCCAGUUCAUGCACGCCCGCCAAUCUCGCCGU